CAACGAAGGGGACACACCGACUACCCGAGCCCGCCCAGUGGUCCCCAGUCACCUGCUAUUAAAGACACUUUUGGCUUUUCCUCUGCUGGGAGACGCUUUGUCCAAGUCCUCCAUGAUGCUUGGAGCAGUUAAAAUGGAAGGACACGAACACACCGACUGGAGCACCUACUACGGAGAGCCCGAGUGUUACACCUCGGUUGGCAACAUGAACACAGGCCUGGGAAUGAACUCCAUGAACACCUACAUGAGCAUGUCCGGCAUGAGCACCACGGCCAACAUGACGGCCAACUCCAUGAAUAUGUCGUACGUCAACACUGGCAUGAGUCCCUCCAUGACCAGCAUGUCCCCGUGCACCGGAGCCAUGAACGGCAUGGGCGCGGGCAUGACGGCCAUGAGCGCAGCCCUGAGCCCCAGCAUGAGCCCCAUGACGGCGCAGCCAGCGUCCAUGAACGCCCUCACGUCCUACACCAACAUGAACGCCAUGAGCCCCAUUUACGGACAGUCCAACAUCAACAGAUCCAGAGACCCCAAGACUUACCGCAGGAGCUACACGCACGCCAAGCCUCCGUAUUCCUACAUUUCCCUCAUCACCAUGGCCAUCCAGCAGUCUCCCAGUAAGAUGCUGACGCUGGCCGAGAUCUACCAGUGGAUAAUGGACCUGUUCCCCUUUUACCGACAGAACCAGCAGCGCUGGCAGAACUCCAUCCGCCACUCUCUGUCGUUUAAUGACUGUUUCCUCAAAGUGCCCCGGUCGCCGGAUAAACCCGGUAAGGGCUCGUUUUGGACUCUCCACCCGGACUCCGGGAACAUGUUCGAGAACGGCUGCUACCUGAGGCGGCAGAAGCGCUUCAAGUGCGAGAAGAAGGUGACGCUGAAGGACGGCGCGCGCAAGGGCGCGGACGGCGGCUCGUCCAACUCCAGCUCGGAGAGCUGCAACGGCAACGAGUCCCCGCACUCCAACUCCUCCUCCGCGGACCACAAGCGGUCCAUGUCGGACAUGAAGGCGGGCCAGGCCCUGAGCCCGGAGCACACCGCCACCUCCCCGGUGUCGCAGGGGCAGCACCUCAUGUCGCAGCACCACUCGGUCCUGACGCACGACGCGCACCUGAAGCCGGAGCACCACUACUCGUUCAACCACCCGUUCUCCAUCAACAACCUCAUGUCCUCCGAGCAGCAGCACCACAAAAUGGACUUAAAGACUUACGAGCAGGUGAUGCACUACUCUGGAUACGGCUCCCCGAUGGCCGGGGCGCUUUCUAUGGGCUCCAUGGCGGGAAAAGCGGGUCUGGAUUCUGCGUCUAUACCCGACACGUCCUACUACCAAGGCGUCUAUUCAAGACCAAUCAUGAACUCCUCAUAAACUUAUAAUGUGGACUUUCUUCUUGUUUGUAUAUUUGUAUAAAAAAAAAGAAGAAGAAAAAAA